GCGCAGUCUGAGUUAAUCUGAACUUUCCCAAGCUAACGUGCGCAGAUAAGCCCUACUCGCUCGAAGGCAUUGAAUUCAUCGCCAUCUCCCCCUUCUCACCAAGAACAAACGAACAUAAAAGGCAAUAGAAGAACCCCAACAAUGUCUUCCCUUUCAAUUCAAAUCCAUCCAAAACCCUAACACAAACCAGGAACGAACAAUGUCAAUCGUGUUUCAAAACCUCUUAUCCCCUCCGCCUCCUCGUUUAAACACUUAUCUCAAAAACCCUUAUUCAUUCCCUCCAAUCACCUCCCGCCAUCUAAGCUUCCCCAUCUCGGAUUCCGGUGUUUUACAAUCCCAGAUCCGAAACUUUCUCAAUUUCAACUCCCGCCGUCCAUCUUUCAAUUCCUUUCCCAAAGCCUACGAUCCAGAUUCUUCAAUUGCCACCUCACCAGAACAAAACCCCAAUUUUAAUGCUAUCGAUUUAGAUUCUUGUCUGUCUGCCGCUGAACUUUUCUGCAUUUGUUCUUCGGCCGUUGUUUCCGUUGUUUAUGCCGUUUCGGACUGGAAAGGUGUCGUUUUGGGUGGGAUUUGGAGAAGUAUCAUCGUAUGGAGAGUUUUAGGAUUGGUUGGUGGGAUUGCCAUUGGGGCGUGGAUUAGGAGGCGUCAGUGGCGGAGGAUUUGUGUAGAAACGGCCAACGCUGGUGGAAAAGGACUGAAUUUGGUCGGUAGGGUUGAGAAGUUGGAGGAGGAUUUAAAAAGUUCCGUUACGAUUAUCCGUGUUUUGUCUAGGCAACUUGAGAAGUUGGGAGUUCGAUUUCGGGUAACAAGGAAAGCUUUGAAACAACCUAUUGAAGAGACUGCAGCCUUGGCUCAAAAGAAUUCUGAGGCUACUAGAGCAUUAGCAGCUCAAGAAGAUAUCCUGGAAAAGGAGCUUAAGGAAAUUCAGAAAGUUUUGCUGGCAAUGCAGGAGCAACAGCAAAAACAACUUGAGUUAAUCCUUGCAAUUGCAAAGUCAGGCAAGUUGUUCGAAGACAAGUGGGGACCUAGUCAAGGGAAAGAUACAGUUGAAGCGUGUAAAUCAACCGAGACAAAACAAAUGGAAGUCCAUCAGAGUCAACCUUUAGGUACAGCCAGGGGAUCUAGCAAUGACAAAUCGUAAGAAUUCAAAGCGGCCGAUGUAAUUGGUGUAAGUUCAACAGUGUAAUGUCAGUUUGUCUGAUCCUUCGGCAUACAAGACUCUG